GGCGGCCAUGGCCUGUGGCAAGCGGAGCCCGGCGGAGCCUCGGCGCCUAAUGCGCGCUGGGCUGGGACUGAUCGUGCUGGGCCACGGGAGUCUGGUGCUCGGUGCCAUCGUCCACGGCUCGGUCCUUCGGCAUGUGGCCGGCGCUAGCCGCGCCGCCACUCCCGAGUACGCCGUGGCCAACGUGGUGUCGGUGGGCUCGGGGCUGCUGAGCAUCGCCGUGGGCAUCGUCGCCAUCCUGGUGUCGCACAACUCGUCCCGGGCAACCAUGCAUUGGACUCUACUGAGCGUGUCCCUGUUGAACCUCCUCCUGUCCACAGCGUGCAGCAUAGGUCUGAUGCUGGCCAUCGCCCUCACCAUCCAUGGUCGGGGCAGGCACCUUGUGGUGGGCUGCAACAGCUCUGCGCUGCCUGCUGAUGCCCGUGCAGCCAUCGCGACCAACGACUGCCCCUUCAACACCACACGCAUCUACGACACAGCCCUGGCACUCUGGAUCCCCUCCAUGGUCCUGGUGGUCACAGAAGCUGUGCUGUCUGGCAAGUGCUGUUUGGUGGCCCUGAUCCUCCGAGGCAUUGGGCCCUGUGCACGCAGCUACAGCAAAGACCAGCUGCUCAGGACAAGUACUGUGAAGGAGAAGCCACCACGUGAGGUGCAGCAGCUUCUGGGAGGGCUGUCCGAGUCUCGUACCUAGCUGGAGAGGUGCCGCUGCAGGAGUCUGAUCCAGCCUGGCAAUGCUGCCCUUGCCCUGCGCUUCUGUCCCGGGUGCAGGUGAGGGUAGGGUGGGCUGCAGAGGGGAGGGCUGUGCCUUCCCUCCACUCCCUAACCUGGGACAAACUCUGCAGGUUCCAGACACACUGACCAGGGUCAUCAGGCAGCCUUAGCCCAGCAGGUGCCCUGGUCCUUGGACACUUUACCCUGCUCUCCCCGGGGUGCAGAGCCCUUUCUUGCACUCUAAAGGCUUAAAAUGCCAUGGUGGGGGUGGGCAGAAGUGUUGGGCCCUGACCUGGAUGGUGGUGACUCUGCUGCAGAGCAGGCAAGAUCCAGCUGGCUGUGCCUGUGCUCAGGCAGGCCAGGCAGCAGAAGGUGAAGGACCUCUUUGGUGUGAGUCUCCCUUGUUUUAUUAAAUAAACUUUUAAUUUUUA